AUGAGCGGAACUGACUCUGACGACGAUAAGCCUCUUGCUGCAGUGGCAGUAAAUGGCCAUGCCAAUGGUAAUGGACACGUUUCCCCCAUGAGCGAGGAUGAGGAGACGCCCCAGCCUACUCGCAGAGGUGUCAAACGCAAGAAGCCGGUAUAUGCGGAAUCGUCUUCUGACUCGAGCGAGGAUGACACGCCUCUCGCGUCGUCCCCCUCAAAACGCCCUAUUGCAGCAGCUAUUCCGAUGCCUGGUGCUGUAGAAGCCACUACUGUUCCAACUUCUGCCAUCAACGGGAAACGCAAGGGCAAAGCUAAAGCCACUGUGGAGAGCAGUGACAGCGAACAAGAAGCUCCUAGGCGAAAGCGGGCGACUGGGAGUAAGGCUCGAGGCAAGCCAGUCAAAAAGAAAGUCAAGCAGGAGGAGGAUUCUGAUGACGAACCACUUGCGAAGAAACCGACUCCUGCUCGCAAGCGCAAGGUUAAAAAGGAGAGUGAUGCGGAGUCUGAGGCCGACAAACCACCGACCAAGAAACCAGCUCCUGCUCGUAGCCGCAAGGUUAAGAAGGAGAGUGAUGCGGAGUCUGAGGACGACGACAAACCUCUGGCGAAAAAGCCAACUACCAAGAAAGCGCGUGUAAAACCCGAUUCAGCCGAUGGGCCUCCCAACUCGCAGGCCGGUUCUCCGGUAAAGGGCAAAGCAAAGAAAAAGGAAAAAGUGGAAGAAGAGGAUAUUUAUCGCUGGUGGGACGUCGACCAGGGAGAUGGAACUGUGAAAUGGCAAACUCUUGAGCACCACGGCGUCAUUUUCCCUCCUCCAUAUGAGCCUUUGCCUGCUGAUGUCAAGAUGAAGUACAAUGGGAAAGCGGUGGAUUUGCCUCCUGCUUCAGAAGAGGUAGCUGGCUUUUACGCCGCUUGCCUCGAGACAGAUCACGCGCAAGAUGAGAGGUUCAACGAGAACUUUUUCGAUGAUUUCAAAGGCGUUUUGAAGAGCCAUCCACCACUUGAUGGCACGAAAAUCACUCGUUUCGACUUGUGUGAUUUCCGACCUAUCUUUGAGCAUUUGGAAGCCGAGAAAGCCAAACGAAAGGCCAUGACUGCUGCUGAGAAGAAAGAGAUCAAGAAGGCCAAGGACGAGAUGGAGCUCAAAUACACCACUUGUCUGUUGGAUGGUCGCAAAGAAAAGGUGGGAAAUUUCCGCGUGGAACCGCCAAGUCUGUUCAGAGGCCGCGGUGAGCAUCCACGAAAGGGGGCCCUGAAGCAUCGUGUUCGACCUGAGGACAUCACCAUUAAUAUCGGCGAAAACGCGACCAUUCCCGUCCCCAAUAUGCCUGGCAAAUGGAAAAACAUUAUUCAUGAUAACACGGUGACCUGGUUGGCAACAUGGACAGAGAACGUCAAUGGGAAUCACAAAUAUGUCUUCCUGGCUGCAGGCAGUUCACUGAAGGGUCAGAGCGACAUGCAAAAGUUCGAAAAGGCACGAGAACUGAAAAAACAUGUCGAUCGCAUCCGCCAAAACUAUAAUGCUGACCUCAAGUCCAAAGUUAUGGCCGAUCGCCAGCGUGCUACAGCGAUGUAUCUCAUCGACAGGCUCGCAUUGCGUGCAGGAAACGAGAAGGGAGACGAUGAGGCCGACACUGUUGGUUGUUGUUCUUUGCGCUGUCAGCACGUUACUCUUGAGGCGCCCAAUUUCCUUAUCUUCGAUUUUUUGGGAAAGGAUUCUAUUCGCUACUACAAUCGGGUCGCGGUCGAACCUCAAAUCUUCAAGAACAUCAGGAUAUUCAAGGAGAACAAAGGCGAACAAGAUGACAUCUUCGACCGUGUCAACACAACGGGUUUGAAUAAGCAUUUGCAGUCAGAGAUGAAAGGCCUUACGGCCAAAGUAUUUCGUACUUUCAACGCUUCCUCAACUUUUCAGAGACUGUUGGACGAGAAUCUACUCGAGAACGCCAGCCUCCAAGAAAAACUCAAUGCGUACAACAAAGCUAAUCGGGAGGUGGCCAUUCUCUGUAACCAUCGAAGGGCUGCUCCCAAGACUCACGAGCAGUCAAUGGAGAAAGUCAUGGACAAGGUUCGGGGGCUCAAGUACGACCGAAUGAAGCUUCGGCAUGUUCUGUUUGGCCUGGACAAAGCAUACAAAAAGGACGCCAAGUACAAGGAAGACGAGUCGGACAUCGAUGAUGAGUGGAUCGUGUCCCAUGAGGAGGCGACAAAGGCGAAGGAGAUAGAAAAGGCCGAGAAAAAGUUUGCGAAAGAGAAUGAUAAGUUGGUCGAAGCGGGAGAAGAGGCUCAAGACCAAAAGAUACUUCAACAGCGGAUCAAGGAUAUUGAAGAGGACUUUGAAGAAUUGGCAAAAGAGCGAGGUACCCAAAAGGCGGAGCUCAAACGGUCAAAGCCUGUGGAGAAAAUCGAAGAAGCUAUCGACAAACUAGCUGAUAAAAUCCGAGACGCCAAGCUCCAGAUGAUUGACCGGAACGAGGGCAAAGAAAUUGCUCUUGGUACCAGUAAGAUCAACUACUUAGACCCACGCAUCACGGCUGCCUGGUGCAAAAUCCACGACGUCCCAGUAGAGAAGCUGUUCAGUAAAACCUUGAUGGUCAAGUUUCCGUGGGCUUUAGAGGUCGACCCGGAUUGGAAGUUUUAG